GGACCAGUUACUCUCCACAAGAAAAUUCACAUAACCACAGUGCUCUUCAUAGUUCAAAUUCACAUUCUUCUAAUCCCAGCAAUAAUCCAGGCAAAACUUCUGAUGCAGCUUACGAUUCUGCGGAUGAUUGGUCUGAACACAUCAGCUCUUCAGGCAAAAAAUACUACUAUAACUGCCGAACAGAAGUUUCACAAUGGGAAAAACCAAAAGAGUGGCUGGAAAGAGAGCAGAGACAAAAAGAAGCAAGCAAAAUGUCAGUUAACAGUUUUCCAAAAGAUAGGGAUUACAGAAGAGAGGUGAUGCAGGCGACAGCUGCCAGUGGGUUUGCCAGUGGAAUGGAAGACAAGCAUUCCAGCGACGCCAGUAGUAUGCUCCCACAGAAUAUUUUAUCUCAAACAAGCAGGCACAAUGACAGAGACUACAGACUGCCAAGAGCAGAGACUCACAGUAGUUCUACUCCAGUACAGCAUCCCAUCAAACCCGUGGUUCAUCCAACUGCUACCCCAAGCACUGUUCCUCCUAGUCCAUUUUCUCUACAAUCUGAUCACCAGCCAAAGAAAUCCUUUGAUGCUAAUGGAGCAUCUACUUUAUCAAAACUGCCUACAUCCACAUCUUCCAUCCCUGCACAGAAAACAGAGAGAAAAGAGUCUGCAUCUGUGGACAAGUCUGUAUCCCAUUCUUGCACAACUCCUUCUACAUCUUCUGCUUCUGGACUGAAUCCAGCUUCUGCGCCUGCUUCAUCUGCUCCUACAGUUCCCGUCUCACCUGUCCCGCAAUCACCAAUUCCUCCGUUACUUCAGGACCCAAAUCUCCUUCGACAGCUGCUGCCUGCUCUGCAAGCCACCUUGCAGCUUAAUAAUUCUAGCGUAGAUAUAUCCAAAAUCAAUGAAGUUCUAACAGCAGCUGUGACACAAGCCUCUCUGCAGUCUAUACUCCAUAAAAUUCUUACUGCUGGACCAUCUGCUUUCAAUAUCACUUCGCUUAUUUCUCAAGCUGCACAACUGUCUACGCAAG